UUUUUGAAAGGCAGAUACAUAGAGAGAGAGAGAGAGAGAGAGAGAGAGAGAGAGAGAGAGAGAGAUGGAGAGUAGAGAAGCAAAGCCUAAGGCCAAGAAAGGUUUGUGGAAACCAGAGGAGGACUUGAUCCUGAAAACAUAUGUAGAGACUCAUGGUGAAGGCAACUGGUCAACUGUGUCUAAGAAAUCAGGUUUGAUGAGAGGUGGCAAAAGCUGCAGAUUAAGGUGGAAGAAUUAUUUAAGACCCAAUAUUAAACGAGGUGGGAUGUCCCAAGAAGAAGAAGACAUGAUAAUUAGGAUGCAUAAGCUUCUUGGUAACAGGUGGUCACUUAUUGCCGGUCGACUUCCAGGUAGGACAGACAAUGAGGUGAAGAACUACUGGAAUACCCAUUUGAACAAGAGAUUGCCUUCAGGCAAAAGAAAAGGUACCGACUCAAACCCAGAUCAGGACGACAAUAACACCAAGGAGAACAAAAGCAAGAGACUCCGUGCACUUGGCGAUUCCCAGCCCACUGGCAACACGAGUCCAAUAGGCAGCACUGAAGAAUUGAAAGGGAAGAACCAAGAGAGAGAAGAGAGAAGUGCUGUAAGUGAUGUAUGGGCACAACAAGAUGCACAGAGCAUGAUGAACUACUACAUAGAAUCUCCAAUGGUGCCAGACAACAAUGAUACUUUUGUCUUUGACGAUGAGCCUUUCUUAGCCUACUGGGAUUCUUUUGUUUUGUUUGAAUCAGUAGGCUGUGGUGGUGACUGGUGAUUGGUGAGACGUCAUUUUACAGAAGGGCACACUAUUUGUCAUGCCAUAGUUUAUGAUAUCAGACUCCAUGCAUGACCCUGCAUCUGAUAAGACUACUUCUACUUGAAAUAGUACAAGAUUGACCUCUCCAUGGAAUAGGAAAAUCUGUGCUAUUUCCUGCGCUGUUGAGGAUUGUUUUAUGGAUUCUACAUUAUAUAUUAGCGAUAAAUAUGUUUCAAACA